CCACCUCUAACCCGCCCAGACGCGUGCGGCCGCCGGGAGACCCAGCGGACCUGCGGGGAUGGAGGCGGCUGGCAGCUGGGCACUGCUGCUCCUGCUGCUGUUGCUGCUGCUGCUGCUGACGUUGGCGCUGCCCCGGGUGCCAAGCCACCUGCCCCCGGGACCCAGGCCGCUGCCGCUGCUGGGAAACCUGCUUCAGCUCCGUCCCGGGAGGCUGUACCCCGGGCUUCUGCGGCUGAGUGAGAAAUACGGGCCGGUGUUCACCGUGCACCUGGGCCCCUGGCGCCGCGUGGUGGUCCUGGUGGGACAUGAGGCCGUGCAGGAGGCCCUGGGAGGUCAAGCUGAGGAUUUUGCUGGGCGGGGAGCAUUGGCGACGCUGGACCCGACUUUUGAUGGCCAUGGGGUCUUCUUCGCCAAUGGGGAGCGGUGGCGGCAGCUGAGGCGGUUCACCACACUGGCCCUGCGGGAUGUGGGCAUGGGAAGGCGAGAAGGCGAGGAGUUGAUUCAGGCAGAGGCCCAGAACCUAAUGGAGGAACUGCGGAAGACCCAAGGAAGUCCCUUUGACCCCUCCCUGCUACUGGCCCAGGCCACCUCCAACAUUGCCUGUUACCUCCUCUUCGGCUUCCGCAUGGCCUACGACGAUGAGGAGUUCCAGGCUGUGGUGAGGGCGGCUGCCGGUACCCUGAGGGGGACCAGCUCCCCGUGGGCCCAGACCUAUGAGAUGUUCUCCUGGUUCCUGCGGCCCCUGCCCAGCCCCCAGACACAGCUGCUCCUCCGCCACCUGGGCACCCUGGCUGCCUUCACUGUGCAGCAGGUGCGCAGGCACCAGGAGAAACUGGAUGCCACAGGCCCCGCCCGUGAUGUCGUGGAUGCCUUCCUGCUGAAGAUGGCCCAGGAGGAGCAAAACCCAAACACAGAAUUCACGGAGAAGAACCUGCUCAUGACCGUCACUUACCUGCUGUUUACUGGCUCGUCCACGGUCAGCGCCACCAUCUGCUAUGCCCUGCUACUGCUGCUGAAGUUCCCUCAGGUUCACAACCGUGUGCAAGAAGAGCUGACGCGGGAGCUGGGUGCAGGCCGGGCGCCAGGCCUGGCGGACCGUGCCCGUCUCCCCUACACCGAUGCGGUUCUACACGAGGCCCAGCGGCUGCUGGCGCUGUUGCCCAUGGGCGUGCCCCGUGCCCUCACGCGAACCACCUGCUUCCGAGGGUACACCCUGCCGCAGGGCACGGAGGUCUUUCCCCUCCUUGGCUCCGUCCUGCAGGACCCCACGGUCUUUGAGCAGCCGGAACAGUUCAACCCUGACCGCUUCCUGGAUGACGAGGGACGGUUCCGGAAGCAUGAGGCAUUCCUGCCCUUCUCCCUAGGCAAGCGUGUGUGCCUAGGCGAAGGCCUGGCCCGCGCCGAGCUCUUCCUGCUGUUCACGGCCAUCCUGCAGGCGUUCACCCUGGACAGCCCGUGCCCGCCGACAGUGCUCAGCCUCCAGCCUGCCAUCAGUGGCCUCUUCAAUGUCCCCUCCACCUUCCAGCUGCAAGUGCGGCCCCGCUGAUCUCCAGCGCACCGAGUGCACCUGCUGAAGAGAGGGGAACUCUGGGUGGUGGUAGUGGUGGUGAUGGCAUGGUUGGGGCCUCCGUCCUCACUUGGGACGGGUAGGGGACAAGGAUGGAGUUAUGUCUCUGGAGCCACAAGUCUACACCGCAGGCAGCCCACACUGAUGCACCUCUGGCUGCAGACCUUUGGCCCAGGCAGCUGUCGCAGGCCUCGCCACACGCCGGCCGCAGCCACCAGGGCCUUAAGGCAGCUGCUGCCCAGGCUGGCUCCACCGGCUGGCACAGCCACACACGGACAUGUACACCACACGCAGCUGCCUGUCCGCCACCCCUAACGUCACAAAGCAGAUGUCCGUGGCCGUGGCACACAACCCUUAUCAAUGCCAGGGUCUCCAGGUGCCCUACUCAGAAAGCAACGUGCCCCCUCCUGGGUCAAGUAAAAAAUGAGAGUGUCCCUGCCCAGG